AUGAUUGAUAACGCCGCUGCCUCGGCUCUGUGCUGCUGCCCAGCUGGAAGCAGCAUGCUGCUGCUGGUGCUCCUGGUGCUGGGGCUGCCAGGUCCUGCUGGGUGCCCCAGGACUGAGCCCCUGAGCGGGACCAGCGAUGAGCCCCUGUUCCGUGGUGCUGACCGCUAUGACUUUGCCAUCGUCGUCCAUGCUGGCACCACUGAGUGCUUCUGGCAGUUUGCACACCAGAGUGGCAAUUUCUUCUUCAGCUUUGAGGUGCAGCGGGCGACAGGCAUUGCCAACAGCAGGCACAUCCUGGCCACAGCAAAAGACCCCAAUGGCUUCCAGCUCGGCACCUCCCAGGAUGUGCGAGGACAGAUCAACUUCCUGACCAAGGAGACAGGUUUCUAUCAGCUCUGCCUGGACAAUGGGCAAAAUCACUUUGGCUUUAUGCAGGUGUAUCUCAACUUUGGUGUCUACUAUGAUGGCUUCAACAUGGAAAAGGAGCAGACAGAAGAGAGGAAACAGCUGAAUGACACGUUGGAUGCCAUUGAGGACAGCAUUCAGAAACUGUACAUCCGCAUCUUCCACAUGUGGAGGUUCUACAACUUUGCCCGGAUGAGGAAAAGGGCCGACUCCUUCCUCCUCGAGUCCAACUACCACUAUGUCAACUGGUGGUCGACGGCUCAGAGCUGCCUCAUUGUCCUCUCUGGGGUCCUGCAGCUUUACUUCUUGAAGCGUCUCUUCAACGUGCAGAGCUCUGGGAAGCCGAGGUGCUGACAGCUCCCUGACACAGCACAGCCCACAGGAGCAGAGCCCCACCUGCACUCACCCACAGCAGUGACUGAGGGGCUUGCCUGCUCCUCUGCAUCAGCCCCCCUGCUUUCCACAGAGCAGGAGGAGAAAGCCCAGGUCCUGCCCUGGGGAGGGGGUGGUGUAGCUGGAAGCAGAGCUCACUCACCUCCCACCUUUAACUGAAAUUACCUUCAGGAAAAAAAUACAAA